GUCUCACUGAACCAUUAAGCUCUCUGAGCUUAAGCAGAUAAGAGGAACAACAACAGCAGCAAUUUACUGCAAAACUUUCUCUCCUUUCCCCCUCGACAGCCUCGUGUAAACCUAUUCCCACCUGGGAAAGGGCUCCCUACCUUUCCAAAGGGAGAAAGGAGAGACGCAGACUGCGGGAAGCCAGAGAUACAGAACUAAGAUGGAACUCCUGCCAUAUUUCUCCGUUGGAACCUGGGCUCUUCUGAUUCUGUUCUUUGGUCUCCUGAUGCUAUAUGGGAUCUGGCCUUAUGGCGUCUUCAAGAAACUGGGCAUUCCAGGACCAACACCUGUCCCUUUCUUUGGCACUGCUCACAACUAUCGCAAGGGAAUAACAAAGUUUGAUCAAGAAUGUUUUGAAAAAUAUGGAAACAUCUGGGGGAUUUAUGAUGGUCGGACUCCGGUGUUGGGUGUUACUGACGUUAACAUAAUUAAAGCUGUAUUGGUGAAAGAGUGCUACUCUAUUUUCACCAAUCGCCGGGUCUUUGGUCCAACUGGUAGACUGUCAGUUGCUAUUUCCAUAGCUGAAGAUGAACAGUGGAAGAGGAUUCGGACUGUGCUCUCACCAACCUUCACCAGUGGAAAGCUAAAGGAGAUGUUCCCCAUCAUUGAGCACCACGUGAAAGGCCUACUGAAAAAUGUUCAGGGGAAAGCCGAAAGGGAAGAGCCAGUGGACAUUAAAGAAGUAUUUGGAGCCUUCAGCAUGGAUGUCAUCACCAGUACCUCCUUUGGCAUUAACACCGAUUCUAUGAACAACCCUCACGAUCCCUUUGUCGAGGAGGCGAAGAAACUCGUGAAAUUUGAUUUGUUUUCUCCACUCUUCGUUCUGUUAUAUCUCUUUCCAUUCCUUUCUCCUGUUCUGGACAAGAUGCAUAUUACUCUUUUCCCCUACGGCGCAGUAGAGUUCUUUGCAAGGGCAGUAGCCAAAAUAAAGAAGGAACGUAAACAGGGGAGUGGAAAGGGCAGAGUGGAUUUCUUGCAACUGAUGAUCGACUCCCAAAAAUUGGACACCAAACAUGAGAGCAAUGGGGUGAAUCACUCCUAUAAAGCUUUGACUGAAGAUGAGAUUGUAGCACAAGCUAUUAUAUUCAUCUUUGCGGGAUACGAGGCCAUCAGCAAUAUCCUUUGUUACCUGGCUUAUGAGCUUGCCAUUCACCCUGACGUUCAGCAAAAGCUGCAGGACGAGAUUGACUCCGUACUGGCCAAUAAGACUCCACUCACCUACAACAACGUCAUGCAAAUGGAAUACCUUGACAUGGCAAUGAACGAACUCCUCCGGAUGUAUACAGUUGGUGGACGCAUCGAAAGGGUCUGUAAGGCAGAUGUGGUGAUCAGUGGUAUCACCAUUCCGAAGGGCACUGUGGUGAUGAUUCCACCUUACGUCCUGCAUUUCGACCCACAAUAUUGGCCAGAACCCAAAGAAUUUAGACCUGAGAGAUUCAGUAAAGAGAACAAGCAUAAAAUCAACCCCUACGUUUACAUGCCCUUUGGAGCUGGCCCCAGGAACUGCCUGGGGAUGCGGUUUGCUCUCCUGACCUUGAAGGUUGCUGUUGCCAGCCUGCUCCAGAACUUCAGCUUCAAGCCCUGCAAGGAAACACAGAUCCCUAUGGUGCUGGUGACAACAGGAUUGACUAGACCCGAAAAACCCAUCAUCCUGAAAUUAAUCCCCAGAGCCAGCCCUCCACAGUAACAGAGGUUUUCGAGUGGAGUUCCUAACAGCUCUUUAGGGAACAUUGUCUUAAUAAUAAUGUCAGGAAACCGGCUGCUAGCAAAUUGCCCGUUUUUGCUUGCUUGGGAGUAAUAAUAUAAUUGUUGGGCGUUAAUACACAGAAAGCCCCUUGCUCUUGCCAUGUGAAUACAUGAGCAUCUUAGGUUUCUUUCUUUCUUUUUUUUGAUAAAAAAGGUGGGUGCAAUAAUAUACCUUUUCUACUGUGAAUAUAUCUAGUGUGCACAGAUAAGCAGCUGGCGUUUCUCCCCCUCUUCUGAGGAACAAUUGAUAUUUCAUAGUUAUGAACUCAUUGUGCGGGGUCGGAACUUGGGCGAUGAGUCUGAUCUGCCUGUUCUGGAUGGGGCCACACUUCCCUGGAAGGAACAGGUAUGCAGUCUGGGAGGGCUUCUGGAUUCGAGCCUCUCCCCUGUGUCCCAGGUUGAGGCAGUGGCCAGAAGUGCCUUCUAUCAGCUUUGGCUGAUUCGCCAGCUGCAUCCGUUUCUUGAGAUAGACAACCUCAGAACAUUGGGUACAUAUGCUGGUAACCUCCAGACUGGAUUACUGCAAUGUACUCUAUGUGGGGCUGCCCUUGUAUGUAGUCCGGAAACUACAGUUGGUCCAGAAUGCGGCAGCCAGGUUGUUUUGACCUUUUCUGUUGUCAUUUAUUUUGCUUUGUUGUAAAUUGCCCAGAGACGCAAGUCUUGAAAAAAUAAUAAUGUGUUAAAUAAAAAUAAAUUAAAUAAAUUAAAUAAACCUAGCCAGUCAGCAGCAUUGGUACCCAAGAAAGGGCAAGAAUAUGAGGCUUUUAAUAAUUGACAACACAGAGCUGCAAUGCUUGGAGAAAAGCAGCUGGAAAAAUGGGUGAAAUUCAUUAAUAGCAAUAGCAAUAGCAAUAGCACUUACAUUUAUAUACCGCUCUAUAGCCAGAGCUCUCUAAGCGGUUUACAAUGAUGUAGCAUAUUGCCCCCAACAUUCUGGGUACUCAUUUUACCGACCUCGGAAGGAUGGAAGGCUGAGUCAACCUUGAGCCCCUGGUCAGGAUUGAACUUGUAACCUUCUGGUUACAGGGCGGCAGUUUUACCACUGCGCCACCAGGGGCUCAUUAAAGCAAUCUUCCUGUUCAAAUUCCUGGACAUUUCAUAUCUGGGGUGACAUUUUCCUACAUCCUGGAUAGGAUGUCUGAUUCCUAGACUGUCCAGGCUAAUACUGGACAUGUGGCAAUCCGAAGGAGACCCAGGUUCAAAUCCCUGCUCACUCAUGAAACUCACUAGGUGAUCUAGGGGCAGUCACAGUUUUCAAACUAACCUACCUCACAGGGUUGCUGUAAGGAUGCAAUGCAGAGGCAACUGCAUGCUGUCCUGAACUUAUUGGAGGAAGAGUGGGAUAAGAGUGGAAUGAAUUGAUUUCAGCAGAGCAUCUCUUAGCGGUUGCUAGUGUCUGCUUUGUGUUUCUUUUUAGACUGUGAGCCCUUUGAGGGCAGGGAACUAGCUUCCUUUUCCUUUUCUGCGUAAACUGCUUUGAGAACUUUUUGUUGCUGUUGGUGGAAAGCUGUAUAUAAAUAAUAGUAGUAGCAAAUACAGGUAGCUUAAUAUGUUCAAAGUAAUGUAAAUGUAUUAAACAUUAAUAAAAUGCCAUUUUAUACCA